AAGCGUUCUCUUUUUAGGGCUCUCUGUCUCUCUUCUUCACUUCACAACCUAAAUUAACCGCUGUCGUGUCAAUUCAUCCGUCUUCCCAAUUCGCCGAAAUGAAGCUCACUGUAAAGACUCUCAAGGGCAGCCAUUUCCAGAUUAAGGUUCAGCCUUCUGAUACGGUUAUGGCCGUGAAGAAGAACAUAGAAGAUGUGCAAGGCAAAGAUAAUUACCCGUGUGGACAACAGUUGUUAAUUCACAAUGGUAAAGUGUUGAAAGAUGAGACAACUUUAGCUGAUAAUAAAGUUUCUGAAGAUGGUUUUCUUGUUGUUAUGCUUAGCAAGAGUAAGACGUUGGGCUCAGCUGGGGCUUCAUCUGCUCCGCCUGCCUCCACUAUUCCAUCAACAACUGCACCAAGCUCCAAUUCUACUCUUGCAACAGAAACCUCUGCACAGGCACCGGCUCCAAAUACCACCACAUCUGCUUCAGAUGCGGCAGCUGCUAAUGAAAAUACUGACACCUAUGGUCAAGCUGCUUCAACUUUGGUUUCCGGAAAUGAUCUUGAGCAAACAAUUCAACAAAUAAUGGAUAUGGGUGGCGGAACCUGGGACAAAGAAACUGUUACUCGUGCACUUCAAGCAGCUUAUAAUAAUCCAGAGCGAGCAGUGGAUUAUUUAUACACCGGAAUUCCUGAGACGGCUGAAGUUGCUGUGCCGGUGGCUCGCUUUCCGGCUAGCCAGGCAACUGAAACUGUUGCAGCAGGAGCUCCACCAGUUUCUGGAUUACCUAAUUCCGCUCCCUUGAAUAUGUUUCCCCAGGAGACACUUUCAGGUGCUGCUGGUGGUGGACUUGGAUCCUUGGACUUUCUUAGAAACAAUCAACAAUUUCAAGCUUUACGUUCAAUGGUGCAAUCAAAUCCACAGAUUUUACAGCCUAUGCUUCAGGAGCUUGGAAAGCAAAACCCACAGCUUUUAAGAUUAAUUCAAGAACACCAGGCGGAGUUCCUUCAGUUAAUAAAUGAACCUAUUGAUGGCUCUGAAGGGGAUAUAUUUGAUCAGCCUGAGCAAGACAUGCCUCAUGCAAUCAAUGUCACCCCCACCGAACAGGAGGCGAUACAACGACUGGAGGCCAUGGGGUUUGAUAGAGCCCUUGUUAUUGAGGCAUUUUUGGCAUGUGAUCGUAACGAAGAAUUGGCGGCCAACUACCUACUGGAAAACGCUGGAGAUUUUGAGGAUUGAAAUCAUAGUUUCGGUUUUUCAGAUCUUUACUUGGGUAGGUUUUGGACUAACUAAAUUAUUGGCUAUGAUGAUGAAAUAUUGAAAUUAAUUUAUAGUUUUGGGUUUUAGAUGGAUAUUUUACAGCUUCUUACUUGGUUAAUCCUUGGAGUGAUUAAUUUAUGAACUGUGAUGAAUCAUGGAAAAUCAAUUUUGAGAAUUAUGCAAUUUAACUUAUAUUUACCCCCUCCA